CGUUUUUGCCGUUUCCCAAGCGGGUUUUCCCCGAGGCGCCGCCGGCUCGGCUGACGGCUCGGGCCGCGCAGAGCCGAGAGUGCGCCAAGAGGGAGCGCUGGGGCCACUCCACAACGUGCGGGGAACACCGGGGAAAGCCGGGAAGGAGCGGCGAAGCAGUCACUCUGGGACUGAUUGUGCAGCAGUAAAUCUACACUGUGCCAUCCCCUCUCCUUGGGGUGGUCAAAUGAGUGAUCUUGUGGAAGAAAACUGCAAAGAAAGCUAUUCUUCCCAGGAAACACCUGCAGAAGAAAAUGUCUCUUCUGCUAAGGCCUGCUCAACAGGGCACAAAAAACUGAUGAAGUUGAAGAACAAAACAUAUAAAUCUGCCUCUCACAAGACAACUUGCAAACUCCAUACCACUGUACCAGAGCCAUGUAUUCAGAGUCAUGGUUGUUCCAUCUCCUGUCAGGAUGCACAGUUGCAAAAACUUGAGAAACAAUUAAAAUGCUUAGCCUUUCAAAAUCCAGGACCUCAGCUAGCUGACUUCAAUCCUGAAACUAGGCAGCAGAAAAAGAAAGCAUGCAUGUCACAGAUGAAGCAAAAUGCUUUUUAUGAGUCCAAAUUUACAAAGAAGUAUGACAAACAUGGCAAGCUGCUUUGUAACGACAUUGAUUUGUGUGAUUGCUUGGAAAUGGACUGCCUGGGUUGCUUCUAUCCUUGCCCCAAAUGUAAUUCAAACAAAUGUGGACCAGAAUGUCGCUGUAAUAGAAAAUGGGUUUAUCAUACAAUUGAGACUGAAGCUGGGAAUGUGAUAAGUGUGCUGCCAUUUUUUGUCCCUGACUGAUUACGUUCUGUUAGUUUUUAUGCCUGAGCAAUGUUCUUUUUGUGUCACGUUUUAUUAAAGUAAAUCUUGGUUUUA